CUGUAACCGAUGCCAUCAUUUUGACCAGACUUCUUCUUUAUCAACCCCUCCAUUUCCUCUUCCUUUUCUUGAUCUCACUUCUACAGUAAUGGCCGUUGAUCUCUUAAUGGCCUACACCAGAACCAACAGCUUCGCCUCCAAAAUGGACGAAAACGCCGUCGUUCAAGAAGCUUCCUCCGGUUUAGAAAGCGUUCAUAAGCUUAUCAAAUUACUCUCCCAAGAAAAACUAGUUCAUCAAGAAAUUAACUGUAAAGAAGUUGCCGACGUUGCCGUUUCGAAAUUCAAGAAAGUUAUUUCGCUGCUCGGAAGAACAAGAACCGGCCACGCUCGGUUCCGACGGGCUCCGGUGUCUAAUCAAUUUGUUGAUAAUAAGGUUUACUAUGCAACGCCGAUCCAGCAGAUUCCUCCGGCUUCGGCUGCGGCUCCGCCUCCGCCGUGCCAUGAUUAUUCUUCUGUGGUGAUGAUGAUGCCGGAGAGGAAAGAAUCUUGCUCUGCUACUACGAUUAAUUUCUCUUAUUCUUCUGCGGCGAAUUCUUUUGUGUCGUCUUUGACUGGCGAUACUAAUUAUGAGAGUAAACCGUCGUCUUCGUCAGCUUUUCAGAUCACUAAUCUUUCUCAAGUCUCUUCCGCCGGAAAACCUCCGCUUUCUACUACUUCUUCGUUGAAGAGAAAGUGUAGCUCUGAGAAUUUGGGCUCCGGCAAGUGUAAUUCUUCUGGUCGCUGCCAUUGCUCCAAGAAGAGCAGAAAGCAUAGAAUGAAGAGAGUAGUGAGAGUGCCAGCAAUUAGCCUGAAAAUGUCCGAUAUUCCGCCGGACGAUUAUUCUUGGAGAAAAUACGGACAAAAACCGAUCAAAGGCUCUCCUCAUCCAAGAGGGUACUACAAGUGCAGUAGUGUGAGGGGAUGUCCAGCACGUAAACACGUUGAAAGAGCUUUAGAUGACCCGUCAAUGCUUAUAGUCACUUAUGAAGGAGAUCAUAAUCAUUCUCUUUCAGUUGGAGAAACUUCAAAUCUUAUAUUGGAAUCUUCUUAAUUUAAUUUUUUUAAUUUUAUGAAUCUCGGCAUUAUCAAGAACAAAAGUGUAAUCAAACACGGUUCAAAAAUGGUUUAGUUAAUUAAUUAAUUUCAUGUUCAACUUUUGGAAGUGAAGUAGGUAGAGAAUUAGCUGUAGUGGUAGGUUAGUUUUAGUAAUGGCAGAAGAAAAAAAUGGUAGAGAUCAAUCUAUUUCAUUUCUGUAAAAUACUUUGGAAUAUGGAUUUGUCUCUUUUUUUUUUCUCUUUUCCUUUGAAUCCAAGAAAGCAUGUUAUCAAUGAAAGCGGUCUGAUUUAUAA